CCUUUGCAAGCUCCCUGCGUUCCCGCGUCUCCUCCUCUUCCUCUCAGGAAAUGCAAGUGCCCUCAGUGCGCCCACCUUUUGGCAAAGCCACUGCCGGCUGCGGGUUUCCCCUCCCCCGCCAGGCGAGCUCUGCGCGGCGGCUCCGCGGGCACACGCCUUCCCAUACCUUACAUGGACAAAUGCGUGCAGGCAAAGUCCCGCGCGAGCUUUCCCGGGAUAAGUAGCUUUAGCGAUCGGGGGACAGCCGGGCGCUGCAAGGUGGGAACUGUAAGGCUCAGAGACAGAGCAGAAGACAGAACCUGGUCAUCUGAUUCCCUGUGUUCUGCUUUUUUCAUCGUUCCACUAGACGCUCAUCAGAGGGAAGACCUUUCUCCUCAGUUGAUUCCAACAAUGUCUCACCCAUCUUGGCUGCCACCCAAAAGCACUGGUGAGCCCCUCGGCCAUGUGCCUGCACGGAUGGAGACCACCCAUUCCUUUGGGAACCCCAGCAUUUCAGUGUCCACACAACAGCCACCCAAAAAGUUUGCACCAGUAGUUGCACCAAAACCUAAGUACAAUCCAUACAAACAACCUGGAGGUGAGGGUGAUUUUCUUCCACCUCCACCUCCACCUCUAGAUGAUUCCAGUGCCCUUCCAUCUAUCUCUGGAAACUUUCCUCCUCCACCGCCUCUUGAUGAAGAGGCUUUCAAAGUACAGCAAGGAAAUCCCGGAGGCAAGACACUUGAGGAGAGGCGCUCCAGCCUGGACGCUGAGAUUGACUCCUUGACCAGCAUCUUGGCUGACCUUGAGUGCAGCUCCCCCUACAAGCCUCGGCCUCCGCAGAGCUCCACUGGUUCAACAGCCUCUCCUCCAGUUUCGACCCCAGUCACAGGACACAAGAGAAUGGUCAUCCCGAACCAACCCCCUCUAACAGCAACCAAAAAGUCUACAUUGAAACCACAGCCUGCACCUCAGGCUGGACCCAUCCCUGUGGCUCCAAUCGGAACACUCAAACCCCAACCUCAGCCAGUCCCAGCCUCCUACACCACAGCCUCCACUUCUUCAAGGCCUACCUUUAAUGUGCAGGUGAAGUCAGCCCAGCCCAGCCCUCAUUACAUGGCUGCCCCUUCAUCAGGACAAAUUUAUGGCUCAGGGCCCCAGAGCUAUAACACUCAGCCAGUUCCCGUCUCUGGGCAGUGUCCACCUCCUUCAACACGGGCAGGCAUGGAUUAUGCCUACAUUCCACCACCAGGACUUCAACCUGAGCCUGGGUAUGGGUAUACCCCCAACCAGGGACGCUAUUAUGAAGGCUACUAUGCAGCAGGGCCAGGUUAUGGGGGCAGAAAUGACUCUGAUCCUGCCUAUGGUCAACAAGGUCACCCAAAUACCUGGAAACGGGAACCAGGGUACACUCCUCCUGGAGCAGGGAACCAGAACCCUCCUGGGAUGUAUCCAGUCACUGGUCCCAAGAAGACCUAUAUCACAGAUCCUGUUUCAGCCCCCUGUGCACCACCAUUGCAGUCAAAGGGUGGACAUACAGGGCAACUGGGGCCUUCGUCAGUUCCCCCUUCUUUCCGCCCAGAGGAUGAGCUUGAGCACCUGACCAAAAAGAUGCUGUAUGACAUGGAAAAUCCACCUGCUGACGAAUACUUUGGCCGCUGUGCUCGGUGUGGAGAAAACGUAGUUGGGGAAGGUACAGGAUGCACUGCCAUGGAUCAGGUCUUCCACGUGGAUUGUUUUACCUGCAUCAUCUGCAACAACAAGCUCCGAGGGCAGCCGUUCUAUGCUGUGGAAAAGAAAGCAUACUGCGAGCCCUGCUACAUUAAUACUCUGGAGCAGUGCAACGUGUGUUCCAAGCCCAUCAUGGAGCGGAUUCUCCGAGCCACGGGGAAGGCCUAUCAUCCUCACUGUUUCACCUGCGUGAUGUGCCACCGCAGCCUGGAUGGGAUCCCAUUCACUGUGGAUGCUGGCGGGCUCAUUCAUUGCAUUGAGGACUUCCACAAGAAAUUUGCCCCGCGAUGUUCUGUGUGCAAGGAGCCUAUUAUGCCAGCCCCGGGCCAGGAGGAGACUGUCCGUAUUGUAGCUUUGGAUCGAGAUUUCCAUGUUCACUGCUACCGAUGCGAGGAUUGCGGUGGUCUCCUGUCUGAAGGAGAUAACCAAGGCUGCUACCCCUUGGAUGGGCACAUCCUCUGCAAGACCUGCAACUCUGCCCGCAUCAGGGUGUUGACCGCCAAGGCGAGCACUGACCUUUAGAUUGAGUCACCUGUUCAGCUGGCACUGAGAAGAACAAACACAAGACAAAGAUAAGAAGUACGAGAGGAAAGGCCAUCAAACUACAGGAUAGUCUCUGUUCUUCAUCUGCUAUUAACCUUUCCUUAGAAACACAUAAAUUAUGAGAUUUUUUUUAAAGUUGUUACCAAAUACACAUUUCACAUUGAAUCAUGUAGGAUCUUGAUGGGCCUUUGUUCCCAAGGACUUCCACAUUUUUGCACAGAUUAUGCUCCAUCCCAUUCACUUCUGCAUUCCUGUAACUUUUAAUCCCUAUGUUUGUCUCACUUUUCAUCUGGUUGAAUGGCUUGUUUUAGUGUGGUAUUUGCUGUCACAUAGUUUUUCCUGGGUGAGUCUGCCAACUCACAGGUGCUUUUAGGCUUGAAAUCUCUAGCCUAUCAUUUCCGUUUUGCCUGUGACUGUAAAGAGUAGCCAUUCUUUUCCCAUGUACUGAAGAAUAUAUUUUUCUGUUGCUUUAUACUACUCAUGUCCUUGGGGAGGGAAAUGCACAAUUUUUUUUUUUUUUUGUUAGGCUGUAAAGAAUUUAAGUUGUAAAUUACAUAAGUUAGAACAAGCCCAAAUUUCAUUUGCAACCAUCAGAAUUCAGAAUCUAUAGUGACCAGUGAUCAAGGCUAAUUGGAAAAGAGUUAUCGGCCCAUAGCUAAUAAGUGCUGACAGACAACUAAGCUUCAGUAUUUUUCUAAAGAAAUUACAGGUGGGAUAUGCUAGAAAAGGCAUUUUGGGGCUACGUUUAAAAAACAUUAUUGUCCCACAAUAUUACCUUAAGAUUUUUCUUUUCUACACUACCUGGACAUGGUAAUACAGACAAACUUGAUUUCUUCUAGAAUAUAACAUUUUCAAUAUUGUCCCACUCUUCAUCUUAGAAAUAUUGUCAUGUUUAUUCUAAUAUCCAACACAACUAUCAAAAUUGACUUUUUCUCUAGAGGAUGAAAGCUGUGAAAAAACAGUUCAAAUGCUCUUCUUUUUCUUCUUUAGGACCAGGUCCAUUUUGCCUGACAAUUGCAAAUCAGAGCAUACAAACUAAAAUUGUGCAGUUUUGUUUGGUUUACUUUCAAAAGAGUAGAAAGCCUGAAAAGAUUGUGAAACCACAGUUGCGUUAUUCUCAUAAUCCUUCUGCAACUGAAAUUACAUAUUGCAGGAGAAAUUUUCAUAUCAUCAAUGUGACAUUUACACCACACUUUCAAAGACAAUCACUGAAAAAAAAUUGUCUUUAUGAGCUAAAAAUAUGCAGAAUCUCUGCCUAGAAUCUUUAUUCAAACUUUUAUUAGCCAGUGAAGCACUCGCUUGCCAACUGCCAAGCCAUACUUACUAAGUUCGAACAUGUUUCACUUAAGGAGAGACACCUAGCUUAGUCAUGGCAAGUUGCCAUUUUGUAAACUAAGUAUUUUGGAUUGAGACUUCUUAAACCUUUCUUCAAAUCUCCCACAAAUAUAUACUUUUAAAUUAUGGAGUAUUUUAAGUCUACAAAAAAGUAUAAAAAGGUAUAAAUAAUAAUAUAAUGAAUUCCUAUAUACCUAACAUCCAGUUUAAGAUUCCAAAAUAACAAACGUAAUUACAUCCUCCAAUGUACCCUUUCCUUAUUCCACAGAUAAUCUUUUUCAUGAUUGUGAAGUGAUAUUCUGAUUUCUAGUGAUUUUUUUUUUAAUUUUUAAUUUUAACAUCAGAACUGAAAUGAAAAAAUUAUGGAUACAUGUUUUGAAUUGCAAACUAUUCCUCAGGAAUUCCAAUUAAAUUUAUUUUACUUGAAUAGGAAUGAUCAUAAAAGUGAUUCUUUUUUUGUGACUAGAAAUUCUUAAGCCGAUGGUCACUACAGCUCAUCCUUAAUGUAUGGCUCAUUUGCUUUUGUCACUAAACAGUUUUGUGUUAGAACCACCAAAAUUAUAGCUUUUAAGAGCUUCCUUUGACCACUGUCUUUUAUUUACCCUGCUUCUCUUAUGUUUGACCGUAUAUUUCUCAUAAUGUGAAAUAGGGUGAGAUUCACUUAGGGGCAGCAUGUGAGUUUUCGGAGGCAAUGUCAACUGUGUCUCUGACUUCCUGCCUUCCAAACUGAAGGCCAGACCAUGCUGAUGACCUCCAGGAGCACUGACUAUUUGACAAUAGGGCAGAUAAUGUAAUCGGCUUGAGUUUUGACUUAGUAACUUUUUAUGUAACACUUUGGGGGAAAUUCUCUUUAGGACAAAGCGAAGAGUUCAAUUUACUGAGGGAUAGAUUGUAUCUCCUAAAGUGGUCAUAUUAUUAUUAAUUUUGCCAAAAGAAGAUGAAUUUAUUGAAUAUUUAUACUAUAAAAUGUAGUAACAUUCUACUUGCUUAUUACAUUUAAAUCCUUAUGUAACUGAAUGUUUACAUGUCAAGAGAAAAAGCUGUAAGAAAAUGGUGUCACAGACCCAUCCCUGUGGCAUCGUCAGCAGAAUACUGCUUGCUUACAAUCUUUAUUAUGCAUUCUUAUAACAUAACCUCAGAGUAUCUUUACCAAAGGUUUUUAAAGUAAAUCUCUUUUUAAGAUAGACUUAUACUUUUAUAAUCAUGAAUGUGCACUCAUACAUAUGUAGAAAUAUUUAGAUUUAGAGGUUUUUUUUUUUUCUUUCACAAGGUAUAAUAAGGAAAGGAUCCUACCAUAUUUUAUUCUAGGGUUUCUUAAAUAUAUGAUUUAUAUUACUGUCUUUUCUAUUAAUCAUUUGAUUUAAACAAUGCCAAGUCACUCUUUAAUAUUUUAGUUGCAUGAAAUUUUGCCUGCAACAGAGAGAAAAAGAUUGUAUUACCUUAAUGAUUAUAAUCAUACUGUCUGCUGAUAUAAUAUCAUAAUUGUUGUGGUUUAAAUACAUAAACAGUAGGAAAAAUCAGAGUCUAUAACAGAAAGUUUGUAAAAAUAUACUGAUUUUGAAAAGUAUCAAGAAUAUAAAUAUUUGGUAAUUCUGUGUAACAAGAGAGACAUGGAAAAGGAAAAAAAUCCACUAUAUCAUGGGCUCUGCAGAACAUAUCAAAAUAGGAUUUCUUCAAUUUGUCAAUCCCCAGACCAUACUGACUCAACAUGUAGUCUCACUGGCAAAGAAAAUUGCCUUUAAAACUCAAAAAUAAGACCAGGUGCAGUGACUCACACCUGUAAUCCCAGCAAUUUGGGAGGCUGAGACAGGAGGAUUGCCUGAGGCCAGGAGUUUGACACCUGCCUGGGCAACACAGUGAGACCUUGUCUCUACAAAAAAUAAAAUAAAAUAAAAACCAAAUUAGCCAGACAUAUGGCAUGUGAUUGUUUAAAUAAAUAAAUAAGUAAAUAAUUGACUCAAAAAAUGAGUCAUGUGUCCCAGCAUAAGGCAUCAGGUUGUUAGGUGCUGGCAUCUCUGCAGCGCAAAGAUGUGGGUUCUUUUUCUUGUCAUUAACACAUUGUUAUUUCUGUAGGAGCAACUUCUCUGAUCAAAAUAACUUAUUUGGGUAUGUGCUGAUUAAGGAGGUGGACUUACCAACACUAUAAUUGUUCCCUAUGAAAGAUUCUGCAGAGAUGUUUAUGGUGAGGUUUAAAGGAUAUGAAACUCUACAUUUAAACAAAUAUUUUAUAUUUGGGUACAGAGGAAGAAAGAGGACUUUUUCCAUGGGGCUAUAGUAGAGAGUUAGUGGAAUGUAGACAGGACUCUGAAAACACAACUUCCAACCAUUUUUAUAGGUAGUGAAAAUCCUAUUAAUGUGAACCAGCCAGGAAUAACAGUGUUAUUUCUAUUUGAUACGGUUUGGGCUUCUCUUGUCAAAUCUGCGUCGGCUGCCCCCUGAUACCUCCAUUAUCAAGUUUUGAAGGGUGUUGGGGAAAUUAUGGCAGCUGCUAGGGAGAUCAGGGAAACACUGAUGUAACCUCAAAGCCUCUCACCAUUCCUCUUGGCUUGGAAAGGCUUUAUUUUUUCAUAUACAUUUCUAGAAAUAUUGCUAUUCUACCUUUAGUAUUUCACAUUUGUAGUUCAAACAAGCGAUUGUCCAUCUGUUGCCUAGAGCUAUAGUACAUGUGUGUUAUGAAUGAAAUAUGACAGCAUGUUCCAUACCCCUGCUUUAGCCAUCUGUGGGAAACCAGCAAACUGAAAAAGAUACCUCUGCAAAAUGUGCCUCAAGUCCAUUUCUUGAGAUCGCUCGUUUGGUGCACUCUCGUGGGAGACAAUCAGAGAACAACAUAUACUUGUGCCUUAUUUUCAAAGAAUCUAUUUACACUACUAUGAAUAUUCCACUGAAGAGUCAAUGAUGUAAAUGAUAACCACCAAAUCUCAAAAGUGUACUCACCAAAAAGUAAAAAAGAAAGAAAAGAAAAGAGAGAGAGAGAAGUCAACUUUUCAUCUUAAUAUAUUCCAGUAGUAUUUAUUUUUUCCUUGUCUUGGAAGUAUCUCAUAGGUUUUUAAAUGAGUAAAACAUUUUUAUGCCAGAAGGUGAUAUAAUGGAUGUUAGUGUCUUUUAUUUGAUUUUACAGUAGCUUUAGUCAGAUAAUGAAGACGGAGACGUCAGCUUGAACCUUUACCACCCAUUCAGCAUAUUUUUUAAUUGUGUUCAUUUUAUUUGCUUAAUAGUGGUCCAAACAAGUUCAAAACUUAUUCUCAGUGAGGCAUUAAUAUGGUGCAACUAUGAAUAUUUCAGGCCAAGUUAUUUACUUGACAGAUAACUAGAAUGAAACUUUUCUCAUGAGGCUGUUACUUGGUUAGCAUAGCCUUAUUUCAAACCUUUAAAAAGUUACCUGACUGAAGCUACUAUGACUUGGUAAGGAUUCUUCCUCCCUUCCUUUCUUCCUCCCUUCCUUUCUCCCUCUUCCUUCCUCCUUUUCUUAUUUCUUUCCUACUUUCCUCUCUCCCUUUCUUUCCUUCUUUCCAUCCUACCUAUUAGUGUUGCUGUACUUGGAUUUUUUGUAAAUUAAAUCAAUGCAUUAUGAUUUUAUGGAAUUAUGAUUAUAUUAAUAAGGGGAAGGCUACCAGAAAAUAGAUGUGGCAUCCAUAAAAUCUUCCUUUAUAGGGGCAUAUUUUUUAGGUUGUAUUUAUUCGUAAAGUGAAAUGAGAUAAUAGAGUCUUUCUGUUUCAUUUUAAUGAAUUUUCAUCAGGGACUGAGGUCAUAGAUUCUUGGAAAAUUCAUUUGUGACUGAUCUAGUUUUCUCAGCUGUAUGCAAAGUAAUCUUUCAAAGAUUAGGUUAAGAUUUUUUUUUUAAGUCCAAAGCAAUUUAACCACAAAAAGUUAUGUUUUUAAUGAUGGCAUUUUAUUUUAUUCCAUUGCAGCUUGAUAACUUUCCUUAUAGCAAAGGAAUAACUAUUAUAUUUUCAGAAUUUUAACAUAGAUUAGCACUUAGCCUGUGAGACUAAUAUUACAUUGUAAAAGUUGAUACUAAAAUAUUUUUCAGCAGGUUGGACAGCACCAGUUUUUCUUAGAUCACAGACUACAGGCAUAAUUUCCCUUCAGUCCAGAAAAAAGGACACUAAUUCCCUUUUCUAUUUAAUUUUCCUGGCCCUUGUGCAAAAAGUUGUGGACUCUGUCUUAGUUACAACAUGCAGGUCCCUUAUUUUGUGGAGAGCUGUGUGAAAGAUGUGUUUAUUUCUUUAACUGAUUGACAGGUCCCCCUCAAAGUUACAAAAAAAAAAAAGUGCUACACUUUUGCUGUUAAUUUCUGGUUGUUAUUUACCUGACAGAAGUCUCUUAAUGCAGGAAUAAAUAUCUCUACAUCUAGCCUUUGUUUAAAAUAAAAAUUAAUAUUCUACAAACACCUAUGUAUACUAGGGAGGGGGGAAACACUGUAACUAAUUCCUUUAUAGUACUUUCAGAUUAUUGCAUUAAGCCUUUCAUGUUAUGUAGCAUUGUUAAUUUUUCCUAGAUACCCAUCCACUUAAGGGCCAGAGAAAUCCUUAUUCAUUUAAUUCUGGUGGGCAUUUACUUAAUGUACCCAAAUGAAAACAUUAUUAAACAGCCACAAUUGCAUUCAGUCAAUUUGGCACUGAAUGUGGCUUCUAAAUUCAGUUCUCUACCCUACAAAUGGAAUGUUCUACCAAGAAAGAGAAGCAUCACCAUGUUAUCUUGUGUUCUACACCACUACAGAGAGUUACAGUUGCCCCCAAACACGAAUGCUAUUCCCAAAUAAAAUAGAAUCAUGGGCCUUUUAAAGAUCUGAACCUUCUCUGUUAUUUUCCUGACGAAUUACCAUCCCAUAUCUUCUUAGUCCUGGCCAGUAUGUAGUAGUGCUCAUAUACAUCUAUUCUAGCUCUGUAGCUCCACACAACAAGUCUUAAGUCGAAAUCUUUGCCUCUUCAUGUCUGAUAUCACCAACUCAUUCAACUUUUCUUCACUUAUUGACAUAGUGUCAUGUCCUGUCACUCUCUGCUGCUUCUUUAAACAAUGGACACAAAUAUAUUUUCUAAUUUUCAGUGUACUCAGUGAAACUUGGCAAUUCACCAUGAGUCAAGCUAGGUUGAAAGGCUUUCUUUAGGGUUGAAAGUAAAUGAAAUUGGAAUCACCCAAAGAGAAUUUCCCCAAAAAUCCUCAGGCCCAGAAGUGUAAAAGCUACAGAAGGACAGAACUCCUGUGUCUACAGACAGUUCUGUUACUUUUUGUUCUGUACUAUUUUGGAUGUUGCCAAAAUCAAAUUCAUUCUGAAAACAGGAAGCAAGCUACUGCCUAUGCCAUCCAUGAGAUUCCCACUUCUGGGUCAGUUCAUAAUCCAUUCAACCCUUUCCUUUUAUCCUUGUCUUCUUCAGAAUAUGACAUUUUUUUGUCCAUAUUUUCAUGUUAAAUAUUAACACUUUAUAGGUUCUACACAAAUAUAUGGACACUUUACAGGUUAUACAUAAAUAUUUGCUGGUUGAUUGGUUUUGAGAUUCACUUCAUUCAUUCUGUGCUCAAAUAUUUGUACCUAGAGAUGUUACACGUUAGAAAAAGUGAGCAGUUUCUUUCUCUAAUCAUUUAGGAGUCCAUAUUUUUGUUUUUAUUUUUUUGUCUCCCCAGCAUCCUUAUCUCUUGCUCAGCUCUUCAAUUUAAUAAUUACCAAAUAAUCACUGUAAGAGAAUCAGCCCCUAAGUAACUUUGAUUCAAGCCAACUAUAAGAUCCAACUGCUUCAAUCUGUACUUACUCAAUAGGAAGGAAAGUGGCAUCAAGAAGAGUAAUUCCAGUGGCAUUAGUAAGACUUUAUGGAGGACAUAAAAUUUGAUAAGAAAUCUUGAGCUGAUGAAUUGACUUGAUUUGGAAGUUGAGAAAAGAGUAUUUAAAGCACAACAGGGAAACAUGGGCUAUACUCAGAGAAGACCCUCUGCAUCGGCCAAAAUAUCAUGGAUUCUGGAAAUUCCUUCUUAACAGAAAAAAAGGCUUCCAAAUAAUCAGGCUCAAUGGGAAGAAAAAGGCAUAUAGGAAGCCUGAGGAAGUAUUGACUUGCUUUUCCAUCUCUUUAUAAUUGGAAGAGAAGAUGGUCUGCCAAAAUGUAAACCAGCAGGCACAGUAUGAACAGGAAGCAGCCCUCAAUGAACUUUAUUAUAACAGAAAAUGAGCAUUCUUAUUGAUCCACAGCUACAUCUUCUAUUCUUGCAGCAAGGGUACAUGUCUUUUGACCCUCCACAAGAGAACAAGCAGGACAUCUCUAUUUUCCUAUUGAGUCUAAGUCCAUUAUUAGAAAGGACUUCCCGGCCAUCUGUUCCACUUGGUAUUAAAAUUCCCUUACAGAUUCAUUGCUAAGUGCCAAUUCUGACUACUUAAACAUCACCUGUGUCAAGGAGCUCAUUAUUCUGUGAGGUCUUACAUUUCUUUCAUCACAUUUUGUUCCAAGCUACCCAUGACUUUAAAACAGAGCCAGCCUUUGGGGCAUUGUUCUCUUUGGUGCCACACAAAACCUGUAGUACACAAUACAAUGUUGCUUCCCCCUCCUUUUCCUUCCAUAUAUAUUUGUUUUGUUUUGGGCAUUACAUUACUUUUUUUAAAAAAAGCUUUGAUUACACUAAUUUUUAAGAAUCUCUAAAAUUAGUCUGAAGGAUGUUCUGAGGGCCAGAUAUUAGAGUUGAUGAGUUUUUUUGUUGCUGGUUGUACUUCCCUAUUUAGAAGACAGACCAUUCUGACAGUUGUUAUGUAGCUUCAUGCCUUCCCCAGUAACUAACCCAUGAACAGUACACCCCUUUUAUCUGACUUUUUGAUAAUGACCUUUAAAAUAUUGGGAAAUGGGCCAGGCGCGGUGGCUCACGCCUGUAAUCCCAGCACUUUGGGAGGCCGAGGCGGGCGAGUCACGAGGUCAAGAGAUCAAGACCAUCCUGGUCAACCUGGUGAAACCCCGACUCUACUAAAAAAAUACAAAAAUUAGCUGGGCGUGGUGGUGUGCGCCUGUAGUCCCAGCUACUCGGGAGGCUGAAGCAGGAGAAUCACUUGAACCUGGGAGGUGGAGGUUGCAAUGAGCAGAGAUGGCACCACUGCACUCCAGCCUGGUAACAGAGUGAGACUCCAUCUCCAAAAAAAAAAAAAAACGUUGGGAAAUGUUGGUGUAUAAUCCCCAUGUCUAACAAGGAAGAAGUCAAAAGCAAAAAAUAGUGGUACUGCUGAAAACUCAUUAUUUCCACUGAGUUCAUCUGUGGAAAAGGAUAUCAUUCUUGAGGAAAGGGGUUCUAUUAUGCUAUAGUUUUAUAUGGAAAUGUACAAAUGCUUUCCUCGUUGCUCUGGAUGACUAUUUAGUUUAAAUAGUAUACCUUUGUCUUGGGGAAGACCAUGAUUGUGGCUUCUUCUACUUUGAAUGAGAGAGCACUGUAGGCAGAAACUGCCAUCAGUCUCCUGGGCAGGACCUGGAGGUAACUUUCUAAGCUCUAAAAUAAUAAUUCCUAAGAGAGCUUACAAACUGCUUCCGCACAGAAAAUAGCCCAGGGAGGAUGGUUAUUAAUAGCCCUAUUCUAGAACAGAAAGAUGAGGCUCAAACCAUUAAGUGACUUGCCAAAAGUUAUGACAUAGCUGGGAAGUGGCAGAUUUGGGGAUAAACCCAGGUUUUGCAAGUCCAUUGCUGUCUCCAAGUAGCUGUGCUUACAGCUGAGAACACCUUAGAAGACAGUAUUGACUUCUCACAGACUACCAGGCCCCCAGUCCAGGGAAAUUCAGAGACCAAUUGACUGCCAGGUGGCAAAUCCACAUGUGUACUGCAGUCUUGGAGAUCAUUUACAGCUUGCACACAUCUAUGUCAUCUUGUGGAAAACCUCUAGGUAUUCUGUCUGAUCAGCACUGUGAGGAAAUUGGUGGGAAGAGGUCACUGAUAAGAACAAACAGGCAGAACAAAGCACAUUGCAGUAAAUUUCCCCAGAGAGACUUGGUUUACAUUCCACUCACCAAAAACCUCUCUGGGACUGUCAGGUUCAGAAUAUUAACCGAGAGCAUAUCAUUUGGAAUUCAUUGGCAGGCAGAGGUGACUUGAUUCCUAAAAGAAACCUCUCUCCCAUGGACCAUGAUGUACGUUCCACAGAGUCAGAAACCGCCGUAGGUUAACAAUGCAUUUUAGUCUCUCUCUCCAUUCACAUUUGCUGAGAGCACACCAAGUGCAUGUUGCUGCAACAAGCGUUUCCGAUCCAGCCAAUCCAUGAGCUGACAAUGUGGGUAAACAAAUGUUAUGGAACUGUUGGCAUUUUUGAGAUUUGGCCUUUGCCAUUUGAUAGACUUUGCUUCCCAGGAUGCUGUCAGUUUGUGAUUUAUUAUAAUUACAAGGAAUGUGGUACCAUGUUUUCGGAAAACGUUCUAGAAAGCCUCCAUAUAUGCUCUAGAAGUUGCUCUAUAUAGCAGUUCAGCAAGUGAGUGUUCCUUUUCUUGAGCUGCAUCCCUCAGGAAGCUGUACUUUUAGGAUGUACUUUCCACUUUUUAUUUCCUCUCAUUUCACUCCUUUAGUUGUUUGCUAUAUCCUAAAAUAUGUGAAGUGAGAGAAAAAAUACCAUUUCCUCUCAUUAAAUCUCCUGCAUUAAAUCCAAGAAUCCUUUAAAAUAAUCAUACCUGGUAAGUGUUUUAUGCAUUUCCCUCCCUGGAGUGUAUCAUCCAUCAAGCCAGUAUCAUCAUCCACCUGCUUAUUCCCUGGGACUAAUGAGAGCCAAGUUAAAUAGCACAUGGCUUCUCACCCCUUCCUAGUCCUCACACCUGAGGAAUAAAGGCGACAUUAAUGGGACCGGGAGAGCGGUGGCUUUGGUUGAGAUGGCACAUUCAUAGACGAGGAAGGUGUCUCACCUCCCUGUGAGGCUUGAUGAAUAUUAUGGCCAAUGGAGUGGAAAAUGAUUCUUGUCGAAUAGACGGAGUUUUCCCACCCCAGGAAUGGAUUAAUAGAGGGCACAAUUUGAGCACUUCUCAGAAUUACCUAGAAUGCUUGAGUAGAGACUCACAUGGGUGGAAUCUGUUCUCAUUAGAGGGAAUAAAAAGACAAUGAGGUGGUAAAUGUGAAAAAAGCAGCCUUUUAGAAAAACAUUAUUUUUAAAUAUCUUUAUAAAUCAUCUAAUUUAUCUUCACAUAAUGUAAAGAAAAAACUAAUAAAAAUUUUCUUAUUUCACCUUAUAUUACUUAUUCUGCCAUAUUUAUGGAUCAUACAAUUGUAUUGUCUUCAAAACACACACACACACACACACACACACACACACACCUUCCAAGAAAGCUGAUCCUUCAAAAAGUAAAUCUUAUUUUUAAGCACUUGGGUUUUCAGGCCAGGAAAUUAAUAAACCCGAUACCUGACCCAUUUUGGUAGCAGCUGAAAAGAAGAAAAAGCUAUUUAAAUUUUGUGUGGAUCCAUUUAUCUCUUAAAAUAUGCCAAAGCAAUUUGAGGUGGGGGGGUGGAAACAGGUAUUUAUCUCUCAUGCAUGAUUGCCUCUUUAUAUUUCUAUCUGUUGGGAAAAGGGUAAAGAACUAUUCUUGGUCAUUAUUAUUGAUGUAUUGUGUUGCCACUUCAUAUGGUGCCUGCUGUGCUUUCUCCCGAGGCAUAGCAGUAAUCGUUGCUUUCUUGACUCUUUCCUUCAUCACGAGAGAGUAAAUAUGAAGUCUGAAUGUCGUUCCUCACCCCCAAAUUAUUUAACUCUGCUUCCAAACUAGUUUAAGAAAUGCAAAAUGGGAAGAGCUGGCUUUUCUUAGAUACAUUUCUUCUUUUUUUAUUCUUUCUUGGGAGACGUUAAGUAUAAAGGGAAAAAGUUCCUUCUUCUCUCUCUUUCUCUUUGGGUGACAGCAAUGCUCACUUAGUAAUUAUAAACCAGAAAUAGGAGAGUAGCUUAGGCAGGUUAUGAUAUAUCUGCCCAAUGUGUUUCAUUCCUUCCAACAUAAACUUUGAGAGGAAAAGAGAUUUUUAUAAUUUAAAUGCCAACGAUAGGAAUGGCUUCAUAUUUUAACUUCCAAAUAAUAAAUGGGGAGCUGGUAUUUGGGCAGAGUUUGCAUUUUGCUAAUCCUAUAUACUUUGAGCUUAGUUUAUAGAAUUGUGUCAAAUACAUCAACACGUCAGGAUUAGAGUGCCAAAAACAGUUAAAGUGCCUUGGACCUCCCUCUCUAGGUAGCAAACUGAAACUAGCAUGGUACCAUGCCAUCCUUCUAGCAUAAUGGAGAAGUCUGAACUGAGGAGCAUCAUUGAUGAAAGACAUUUAGGACCCUAGAAACUAAAUCUUGUCACCAACACUUUAUAGUAAAGUAGUAGCAAAAUUAUUUUUAAAAGACUUUCUUCCUUUUACUACCCAUUUCCUCUCUUGGGAAAGCUGAUGAGCAAAUUAUCCAAGACUCAUUUCUUUAUUAAGCAAAGUCAGAAUAUUUCCGCUCUGAAAAUCUGAAUUAUGCCCUCAUUCUUUUUCAAGAAACAUCUCAAAGAGCAAAUAGAAUUAAACAUGACACUUGAUUGUCUGAUUAUUUGGCAUGUAUAAAAUUAUCAUGUGGUUUCAUGUGCCUUAAGUGAAAAUUUAAACUUAGAUGCAAAACCUUUGCAGUUGGAUGUAGUGUUGAGCUUUUGCAUGUUUUCUGUAUAAUAAACCACUUUUGUUUUGUUUGUUUUGUCUUUUAACCUACACCUUUAUCAUCACACUAACAGAUUUGGGGCUUCUCUUUCUCUUCAACUAAGUAAGGGAAUAUGUGCAAUUAUGAGACAUACAAAAAAAGAAAGGGAAAGGACUUUCUAAGUAACAAAUCUGUGCCGUGAAGUAGAUGUGACGUGAAGAUACAGAGCCUGAGGAUAGUAAUUCUCCCUGAGCCACGCACACAGGCUUUUAUUUCAUGCCUUUUCUCUUUCUGUGCCAUCACCUUUGAGAAAAACGAUUGCACCUUCUCCAAGUCUGCCUUUUUAACAGCUACAGUUGAGUUGGCAAGACUUCCCCAGCUCUGAAUAUAGCCAUUUGCCGACUCCGGCCUCUUUGCGAGACUGACUCAAAUCUGUGAUCUUCUGUUCAGCAUACACAUCAGCAAAGUGAGAAGAUGAGCACUAAAUAUAGGCUCUAUUAACUUUACUUUUAGAUUUACUGCCUUCAAAAAGUGCCUAUUCUGAGCAACAUAAACGUUAUUCCUUACAUAUGUAUGUACACACGGUACCCAGAGCCGUACUGUGCAGCCUUCAAAAACAUACCAUCAGAAAGAGUAGGUGCUGAGAUAAGGAAACUUUGCCAAAUGGAAGAAAGUCACUCACUUCCAGUAUCCCCUCUCGAGCGGCUACCGUGAAAUGGGCUGCAAACACAUUCCCUGAGCAUCCCUUGCUGAUACAGCUUCUUUAUAUUUAUAUCUUACUGGAUGGUAGCAUAUUGCUGAGGUUUCCUGUAUUCUGCUUCAAGGGAAUGUAAGCUUUAUGGCAUUGAAACAUUUAGUCAGGAAAAAAAAAAUGUUUAGGAGAAUUAAUAGAGCCAUAGUCUGCAUUAGGAUGUGUGUCAUAUGUGUGUUUUAUAAACUAAGCAUUGGUGGUUUCGAGUGUUAAAGUGUCAGCACACUCUUUCUCCUUUUGUCUCUCGGGCUAACAUGAGAGAAAAUAAAGAAAAGUCUUGGCUGUGGGGAUUGGAAGCUCAAGGGGCCAAAUGUCCUUGCCAGAUCCGUAGAGCAUUACUUUGACUCCUAAAAAUAGUAGUGUAUGUUAUUUGAUGGCUUUUGUUUCCAUAGUUCCAUCACUGACAGAACUGUCAAUACUGUUGCUGGAGCAGCAGCAUAGCCUAGAGUGAUGCAUUCUUACCCAGGGAUGGCAAUAGGAGAGGGUCCAUGUAAAUAGGACGAGGUAGACAGUGCAUGAUUGUAGGAGAAGGGUUGAAGGGAGGACAUGAUUCCAAAAAAGAUCGUUCUCAAUGUGUCGUCUGACUCAACCAGCUGGCAGAUUACACUUGCCAAGUCGUUCCCUUUCCUUCUAAGUCAGUUGGCUCCAUAUUCACUUGAAUAUGCCUCUGUUUGGGCAAAUCAAGAUACCUCCACUUAACCUUUAUCCAAGGAAGCUCUUGGUGUCCUCUUGGUCAUAAAGUUAUCUCCUACCUUCCCCAGCUUUACCAAAUGGAAGUAAAAGGGGACAAACGAUGGAAGAUGGACUCCAUGCCAUUGCAGUCAGCCACCAUUCUGGUUUCCAUAUAAGGAGCCCCAUUACAUAAGCUACGGGUGAGGUUGGAACAGCUAUGUUUCAUAAUUUCAAGAGUGUGACCACCCUGCUGUAGUCAUCAUCAUUGGAUGAAUCCAGUUGACUCUUUGGCAAAACAGUGAUACUUUUCACUAAAAAUGCCUACUCUUCCUGUUGAUGUUCCUUUUCUGUUUUUACCUUAUCCAAUUUCAACACUAGUCAUUUUUUUAUUUUUUCGAGAAUCAGAUUUUAGCGCUAGAAAAGAGUUAAAAAUUUCAGUGUAAUGUCAUAAGGAUGUUGGGAUACAGAGAUUUUUUUCCCCCCCUUGGAAACAAAUGGACUGGGAAAGACACAGCACGGCUUUGCUCUGAGUUUCAAUCUGAUGAUUAUGAGCAUGAAAGAUAAUCUUAUGGAAAGGUUAAAUGGUGUUUACAAGUGGAUAGAUAAGGGGGGAGAUGCUGAGAAGCCGGGUUCUCUCUAUGCUAAAUGUGUCUACUAAGAGCAGCACUUCCUACUAGCUAAGCACAAUCAUAGCCCCGCCAUGAUGAACUGCUGGUCUGAAUAACAUUCCCUGACUUAGAGAAAGGCACACAAAAACAUAUAAGGAAUAUGUCUAUUUUCAUAUGUGUGAUACUGACAGAGCCAUGGUAUUCCUAAAAUAUGGGUUUCUCUUUUUUCUUAUAUUCUUAGCAAAUUGCAUUUAUUCACCACAUUACAAACCAUCACUGAUGUAUCCAAAAUAGCACACAUAGUUCAGUAUGAAAAUAAGAGAAUAAAAUCUGUGAUAAGCAAGUGAUUUAGGUAUUUUCUUUUGUGUUUAUGCAUUAUCCGACUAUAUUAAGACCUGUUUUCUAUUUACCUUCUAUCAGUUUUCUCUAUCAAUUAUGUUUUUUCAAUGCUCUGUAAGAAUGAAUAUGGAAAUUAUAUUUCUUUUUUCUGUAAAAGAGUUGCAACUACUUUAUUAUAUUUAGAAAUCCAAUAAACUUCUUAUUACAUUUA